AUGAAGCAAGCACCAAGUGAAGUAUCACCAAAGAUUUCCACUAACCCAUUAUACUAUCCUUAUUUCAAGGAUUGUAUUAGCAUGAUAUAUGGAACCUAUAUCGACGCCAUGCUUCCCGCUAGCAUUGUUGCACGUUUUAGAGGUCGUAAAGGAAAAUAUUAUUUGUGUGAUGCGGGCUACACUACUAUGCAUGGCUUAUCUCCUUAUAUCGAGGAGUGCGUUGAUAUAGUUAUUGCAUGUACUAUACUUCAUAACUACAUCGCCAUACAAGACCCGGGAGAUGAGUUGUUGCAUGAGGACAACCAUAUUGAAGAGGAUGGAGAUGAAAUAGCAAAUGAGGGUGAAGAGGAUGUUGUUGACUUUACUCAAACUAUGACACAAAGAGAGGAAAAAGAUUCAAGAAAUGAAUGGAGAGCAAAGAGGGAUCGAAUUGAAAUUAAAAUGUGGGAAGAUUAUUGUGAUAAAUAUCACGGUGGAGACACAAUCGAGAUUAGGAUGUAA